GUACGGAUACUCCGAAUACUGAAGUGGAUAUGGUUUUGUUUUAUACUUCCCGUUGAAGGAAUAGAACGUGAUACGAGAUGUUUCGGAAACUGUAACUGCUGUAAGAACGGUAGAUGUCAUUUUGCAUUUGGCUGGCCUAAUGUCUGCUCAGAGGGAUGCAUCGAUCGUCACAGGGCUGCUAGAUGUUAUGAGCUAUGCACAUACAAUUGCACAUCAUGUGAAAAUGACGCGACUAUAUGUACUGAAUGUUUCGAGGGUUUUCAUCUUGGACCAAAUAAAGAUUGUACAUCAGAAUGUCCCACAAACUGUAGAGCUUGUACUUCAGACACAAUGUGCACUGUUUGUAAGGACGGUUAUUUUAACAAAGAAGGAUCAACCACGUGUCCCUACUCUGUUUGUUCUGCGAAUUGUAAGUGCAGUGGUAAUACAUGUAAAACUUGUAUAAACGGCUUCUAUGACACAGGCAAUGAAUGUAAUAAAGAAUGUCUGUCUAACUGUAUGACCUGUUUAUCCAGAGAUCUAUGUAAUGACUGUAAACAUGGAUUUUAUAACGGGUAUGAAUUUGACAAUAACGGGAGACAGCUAUCCAAUAAUUGCACAUACAAAUGCAGAGAAAGCUGCACGAAAUGUCAAACAUACAAUAACUGCACUCAAUGCGUUAAAGGAAAAUAUGGCCAAAAAUAUCAGAAUAAUUGCUCCAUCGGUUGCAAAGGUCGGACAUGCCAUAUUGAAUCUGGUGAUUGUUCUUGCUCGUUAAACUUUGAUGGUGACAAAUGUGCGGAUUGUGUUAAUGGAAAAUAUGGAACCUAUUGUAAUGAGUCGUGUCCUGAACACUGCAAAAAUGGUAAGUGUAACAAAACUUCAGGAUAUUGUAGUGAAGGAUGCAUCACUAACACAAUAAUUGGCGCAACGUGUAAUACCUGUACAGUCGGGAUGCACGGUAUAGUUUGUGACAAAAUUUGUCCUACAAAUUGCAAAGCUAAAACGUGUAACCGAACAACCGGAUUUUGUUCUGGGGGUUGUGAAGGCAACUUUAAAGGUCAAUUGUGUGACACUUGUAUACAAGGAAAGUAUGGAGUAGCAUGUGACCAAAAUUGUUCAUUAAAAUGUGAAAAUGCUUUAUGUGAGAAAGAGACUGGAAAGUGCGUCAGCUGUUCUGGCAAUUUUGAGGGGGACAGUUGUGAAAACUGUCAGCCUGGCUUCCACGGACAGAAUUGCUAUGAUAGAUGUUCUACUCACUGCUACAAUACCACAUGUAGUAUCAAUACCGGUGUUUGUGAUUAUGGUUGCACAGAUGACUAUUCAGGAGACAUGUGUUGUGUGUUCGGCAGAAACUGUGUAAGGUGCGCGUCCAAAAAUGAAUGCAGAGAAUGUAAAUCUGGUUAUUUCGAUCAUUUGUGUGACAAGUCAUGCCCUGUUAAUUGUAUUGAUUCCUGUGACAUCCAUACAGGCGUUUGUCGCGAUUGCAUUAUAAAUCAUUUUGGACCCUUCUGCAACAGAACAUGCUCUGAAAAUUGCAAUGCUUUAGGCAGUGGGGGCACACGUCAUUGUACGUCAAUUAAUGGAAGUUGCACCUUUGGUUGUAAAAAUGGUUUCUAUGGCAUAACGUGUAAUGACACAUGCAGCGAACUUUGUAUUGACAAUAUUUGUAAACAGGAUAGUGGCAUAUGUGUAAAAGGUUGUGGUUGCACAUACGACGACGACCCAGUUUGUGUUCUUGAUUUAGGCAAAUCAGCGCUUGCUCCUGAUAAUUCAACAGCAAGAACUACAAAUAUUGUUUUAGGAACACUUCUGGCUUUAGCUACUUCUGCAUUAUGUAUCUUGUUGUUACGGAAAAUAGUAAGGAAAAUACGAUCUACAGACAGGCAAACCGAGAAUUCUUCAUAUCAAAUUCCAUUAAACCAUUCGUUGGUAGUGAAUCAAGCUCCACAAGACGGGGUUUCUGAAGCAGAUAAUUCCGCUUAUGAGAUUAUCGAUAGAACUCAGGGUGCUCCUGAACACACAUAUGAUACAGCUUCCCACAGUGCACCUAAAAGUACGGUCAAUCCUGGAAACACAGAUUAUAUGAAUCUGCAAAUCCAAAAAUCACGAAAUGACAAUAAUCGACCAUGAUUGUUUUCUACAAAAUAAUCAUUGAACUUUGAUGAGGAACUUGAACGGUCAUUACAUUUGUAGUUGGAGUGUGUAUUACUUAUCUAUCUGAUAAAUAUUCUCUAGAUUAUCUGUAUGAAUACCUUUGAAAAUGUAAAUGUAAUCCAGGAGUGUAGGUUUGUAGAGAUAUUUAGCACUUUCGCAAAUGGUCAGUUAAAAUAAAGUCUUUAAGUGUAUUGCAUUUGAUAUUACAUGUCUCCAUUAGCCUUCAGCUAAUGAUUAUGAACACAUCAAUGUUUUAUGUGGAAUUUCAUUUUUAAAUGGUAUACACUUAACCGAAAGCAGAUAGUGACAUAAA